ACGCCACUUCCGGCACAGUGUUCGGCUUCGUUAGCGUUGUGGGAGCGCGGGUCCGAGUAGUCAUGUCUGCAUCUGUAGUGUCGGUGAUCUCGCGUUUUCUAGAGGAGUAUUUGAGCUCCACUCCGCAGCGUCUGAAGUUGCUGGACGCGUACCUCCUAUAUAUCCUGCUGACCGGGGCGCUGCAGUUCGGUUAUUGUCUCCUCGUGGGGACCUUCCCCUUCAACUCUUUCCUCUCGGGCUUCAUCUCUUGUGUGGGGAGCUUCAUCUUGGCGGUUUGUCUGAGAAUACAGAUCAACCCACAGAACAAAGCGGAUUUCCAAGGAAUCUCCCCAGAGCGAGCCUUUGCUGAUUUUCUCUUUGCCAGCACCAUCUUGCACCUUGUUGUCAUGAACUUUGUUGGCUGAAUUGUUCCUGUUUACUCAACUGCGGAGUAGGAGUCAAGAAAAAUGUUCACUUUUCGAUUUUCCCCGGAUAAAAGCCCUCGAGAUGGCAGCUUGUUUGGACACAUGGAUUUUCUUCAGAUUUGUAGUUAUUACCGACUCUGAUUUGGUAUUCAGGUGGAGAGCCCAGGAGAAGUUCCUUCUUUUUUAGGUCAAGACACCUUUGUAAUGAACAUUCAUUAACAUGACCUCUGCCUUCCAUUGAGUGUAACCUAUUUACCUUGCAAAUUAAAAAAAUCUAUACCACUCCUC